AUGUCCGGACAGCCGUCUGGCUUCCACCCCUCCGGUGGCCGCCACCGCCUUCGCCGGGAUCCGCAGCAGCAAAAUUCUAACUUUCCAAUACAAAACUCUAAGGUACCAGGCCCGAGCACCUCGCAGAACCGGAGAGAGCUUAUGGAAAAGGUGAAUCGCGCCGUCGAGAAGGCUCGCCGCGAAAUUAUCUCGGCCGGAGAGGGCGUGACCGCGUGGAAAGUGUCUCAGGAUGCGAUGUUGACGCUCAAGGUCGACUCGUGGACCUCUUUAGGGUUUGCAAUGCAGGAGGUUCCGAAUCUUUUCCGCCUUAUGAUGACUGAAGGGAAGAUAAAUGCAUUUAUCCAUUGCUUUAUUGGGGUCCGAAGAAUCACAUCAUUGUAUGAUUUGGAAGUGGCAAUCUGUGAGAAUGAGGGUGUAGAGCAGUUUGAAGAGCUGGAAUUGGGACCAUUGUUACGACAUCCACUUGUCUUGCACUAUUUCUCAGUGAAAUCAGAUGUAACAGAAGUCUGUAAAAUAACCAGUGAAGAGAUAAUUUCUUUCUUGUGGAAGUUCAAAUGUAGGAGUAAGAAAAAAGAAAUUAGGGUUGAAGAGUUUUUGGAUUUCAUUGCUAAGAAGCGAUCAGUUGCAGGCAAGGAAAAGCUUGGCAUUCGAGUUCAUAGCUUGGGGAUGCAUAUUUCUGUUAUCCGAAAAGGGAUGUUUUUAGAGAAUAUCACAUUGAAGAAAUCUGUAGAAGCAUUGAAAUCAGAAGCUGAUAAGAAAGACAUGGAACACCCUCUUUUUUCGUCGCUGAAGAAGCAGUUGGAUGAUGAUUGUACUUCUGAAGAUGAAAGAAUUGAUAAUGCUACCAGCCACCAUUUUAACUUGCCAUCACAAAAUGUUAGAAGUUCUGACCAACAGUUGGAUGAUGAUUGUACUUCUGAAGAUGAAAGAAUUGAUAAUGCUACCAGCCACCAUUUUAACUUGCCAUCACAAAAUGUUAGAAGUUCUGACCAAGUUAGUAGCUGUCCUUGCCCAUCUGAAAUUGAAGAUAUGAUACAGCUUGGGUUGAAAGGUGAAAUGUGUGGGCACCCUUCUCCUUCUAGUGGCAGCUCAAGGGAUAGAUCACGUAAAAGGAAAGGAAAAUCUGAAAAUCUAGGCUGCACCACGUCUGCAGCCUCCAAAUCAUGUGAGAGACGCAACAAAGAACUAGAUGUUCAGCCAGUAGAUAAUUCCAGCAAGACUAAGAAGGCUAACAAAAUGAUUGGAGUUGAUCUUGCAAUUGAUAAUAACACUAUGAGAAUGUUCAUUACAACCUGGAAGAAGGCAUGUUGUGAGCAAACUGUGUCUGAGGUUUUUGAAGGGAUGCUUCAAUUUUAUAACAAAAAAGUUCGAGGGAAGAAAAUGAGAUCAAUGUUGUCAUCCUUCCCAUUUAUUGGAUUACUAAAUAUUGCAGUAUCAUCUAUGAAAUCUGGAAUGUGGGACUGCAUGUCUGAUACUUGCCAAACCAAAAGUCAACAGGAAUUGACGCAAACAAGCAUGGAAAAAUGUUCUGAAUAUGAGAUCAUAGAUGUUGAACCAAGUGUUAAGGAUGCAUCAGUCAUAGCUGAGCAUGGUGUGGAGCGCACACACAAUGUCACAGGUGUUUCUGUUGAAGACAUUUUCAGGAAAGUAGCACUGUAUUUUGAGCUUGACUAUGAAGUCAUGGCUUAUGGUAAAUCACUUCUAGAAAGGACAAUUAUGCUCUUAAGGAAGCUUAAUGAUUGUGAGUUUUGGUUGGUGGAGCAAUUUUGCGUCAAGACAUUCAAGUCCCUUGGUUAUGGGGAGUUUUUAAUGUUCCUAGAAAAACAUGCCUCUUUGCUACCUGAUGAGAUAUACAACUUCUUAACAGGUGACAUAUAUGAAAAAUCCCCUUUGGAGGUUUGCAUGCUCCAAUAUCAGUUGAUUGUUUUAGUGUCACAAGCUUUGAAUGGAUUAUGGGACAAUGAAACAAUGACAAAGCAGAUGAUUUCUUCACUGCUUAUGAGGCAAUUCCCUUUGAUCAGUUUCAAAAUUUCAGAAAAUGGUUCCAUGGCAGAUUUUCUAGAUAUUGUGGGGAAUCAUAAGAACAAUGUAACUUCUAAAGGUGUGCUAUUUUCUGUCACAUUAUUUGAAAUGUAUCCAGUUGAAGGCUCAUCAGCCCAUGAUGAAAAUGAUUUAUUGGAAACCACCAAUGUGAGAAUUGACCUCAGCCAGAAAGCAGUAGCCCUUAAAUCCGUUACAUCCAAGGAUGCAAUUGAAGUCUUACUUAGGGCACCGCUGAUGUCAGAUUUAAACUUUUGGGCACACUGGGACCUCAUAUUUGCUCCCUCACUUGGUCCUUUUGUACCAUGGUUGUUGAGUGAAGUCAACACAAAAGAGUUAUUGUGUUUGGUGACUAAAGAUGGAAAGGUCAUGCGCAUAGAUCAUUCAGCUACUGUGGAUUCAUUCUUGGAAGCUGCACUUCAAGGAUCCCCUUUCCGAACAGCACUGCAGCUGUUAUCUCUAUUCUCGUUAGUUGGGGGAGAAAAAUAUGUUCCCUUGUCCCUUUUAAAAUGUCAUAUGCGCCAUGCAUUUGAAGUUAUUAUGAAGAAUUCUCUGGAGAAUAUGGAAGUAAAUGACAGCCAGAACUCUCUCAUGCAAGGAAACAGUACACAGAAAAUGGUUGAUGAAGUUGCUACUAGUAAUUUGAGUAGUGAGUUACACAUUAACUUUUGCAAAAUGAUUAAUGUUGUGCCUUUUGUGUCAAGGUUUGUCCUUGAUUGUCUUGGCUAUUUACCCACAGAGUUUCGUGGUUUUGCUGCUGAUGUUUUGCUUUCUGGAAUGCGUGCUCUCAUCAAAGAUGCUGCUUCUGCCAUUUUGUGUGAAUGCAAUCAAACAGAGCAGCGUCUCAUGCUUCAUGAAGUAGGAUUGUCUCUUGGUAUUGUGGAGUGGAUUGAUGAUUACCAUUCAUUUUGUUCCAGUGAUCCUACUGAGCUGUUUGCAUCUGCAACUUUAUGCUUGAAAGCUACUGGGCCUGAGAUUAGCAUAGGCUCAAAGAAUAUGCAAGAUGCAUUGGGUGAGUCUUCCAUUUCUGAAGCAAAUAUGAGCGUAUCUGUUGUGAAAGAUGGGCAUAAUGAAGAGAGUACUGGAGUUUGUCGGUCAAUUGAUGGGUUAAAUGUUUUUGAUGAUAGAAUUGGCAGUGGUCACACGCCUUGCUUGUCUGAACUUGAUGAAGAGAAGAAUGCAGCCCUGGUCAUUGAAUCUAUCAGGCAGGAUGAAUUUGGUUUGGAUCCAAGUCUUUCUAGCACUGAAAGUAGCAUGUUAAAGAAGCAGCAUGCUCGGCUGGGGAGAGCACUUCAUUGUCUUUCACAAGAGUUAUAUUCUCAAGAUUCACAUUUUCUUCUUGAGCUGGUUCAAAAUGCUGAUGAUAAUAUUUAUCCAAAAAAUGUGGAACCGACUCUAACAUUCAUUCUUCGAGAGUCAGGUAUUAUUGUUCUAAACAAUGAGCGAGGCUUCUCUGCUCAAAACAUCAGAGCACUUUGUGAUGUUGGAAAUUCAACAAAGAAAGGAUCUAAUGCUGGAUAUAUCGGGAAGAAAGGCAUCGGCUUCAAAUCAGUAUUCCGGGUCACUGAUGCUCCUGAGAUUCAUUCUAAUGGGUUUCAUAUCAAAUUUGAUAUCAGUGAGGGUCAGAUUGGUUUUGUUUUGCCAACAAUAGUACCUCCAUGUGACAUUGACUUGUUUAGUAGGCUGGCAUCUAGUGACACUGAUCAAUUGGAUGAUAAAUGCUGGAACACUUGCAUUGUCCUUCCUUUCAGAUAUAGAUUAUCGGACAAAACUGUCAUGAAGAGCAUUAUGACUAUGUUUUCAGAUCUUCACCCGUAUUUGUUGCUUUUUCUUCACCGGCUUAAGUGUAUUAAGUUCAGAAACUUACUCGAUGAUUCUCUCAUUGUGAUGCAAAAAGAAAUCAUGGGGGAUGGCAUUGUUAGGGUUUCACAUGGAAAAGAGAAAAUGACAUGGUUUGUAGCAUCUCAGAAGUUGCAGGCAGAAAACAUUCUUCGUGAUGUGCAAACAACAGAAAUUUCUAUAGCAUUUACAUUGCAGGAAUCAGUUGAUGGGGAUUAUGUUCCACUUCUAGACCAACAGCCUGUUUUUGCAUUUCUUCCUCUAAGAACUUAUGGGCUAAAAUUUAUUCUCCAAGGUGAUUUUGUUCUUCCUUCAUCUAGAGAGGAAGUUGAUGGAAAUAGUCCCUGGAACCAGUGGUUAUUGUCUGAGUUUCCUGGUAUGUUUGUUGGUGUGGAGAGAUCCUUCUGCGCUCUCAAGUGUUUUAGAGAGAAUCCAGGAAAAGCUGUGUCAACUUAUAUGAGUUUUGUUCCACUUGUUGGGGAAGUUCAUGGUUUCUUUUCCUGUCUUCCCCGGUUGAUCAUUUCUAAAUUACGUAUGUCAAACUGCUUACUCCUGGAAGGAGGAAAUGACAAUUGGGUUCCUCCAUGCAAGGUUCUAAGAGGGUGGAAUGAACAGGCUCGCGUUCUUCUUCCUGAUGAUUUACUUUGUGAGCAUCUUGGACUCGGAUUCCUUGAUAAAAAUAUAAAAAUGUCUGAUUCAUUAUCAAGGGCACUAGGCCUUGAGGAGUAUGGACCCAAAAUUCUACUUAAAUUUAUAUCCUCUUUAAGUCAUGUGGAAAAUGGCAUCAAAUCAAUGGGCCUGAGUUGGUUGUCUUCUUGGCUAAAUGCAAUAUAUACAAUGUCAUCCCAUUCUUCUGGACAAAUUUUCUUAAACUCUGAUACAGAAAUGCAUCUCAUAGAGAACCUUCAAAAAAUAUCGUGUAUUCCCCUUUCAGAUGGUACAUACAGCUCAGUGGAUGAAGGUAUAAUCUGGUUACACUCUGAUGCGAUAAGCACUGGGUUUGAUGUUGAGCGUCAACUUGAAGCUUUCCCAAAUUUAUUUAUUGAACUCCGGACUGUAAAUCUGGCCCUCUUCUCUGCAUCAACUGUUGGUAGCUCAUGCCUGGACAUGAGUUUGGUAGACAACAUAACCAAGAUUCUUCAUAGAAUUGGCGUCCAGAAGUUGUCUGCCCACAAAAUUGUGAAGGCGCACAUCAUGCCAGCUGUAACUGCUGGUAGAAAUACAAAUAGGGACAAGAAUUUGAUGACAGAGUAUCUUUGCUUUGUAAUGCUUCACCUACAGUCUAGCUGCCCUGAUUGUCGUCUUGAACGGGAGUAUGUAAUCUCUGAAUUACGAAAUAAAGCUUUCAUUUUAACAAAUCAUGGCUUUAAACAACCUGUUAAGGUGCCAAUUCAUUUCAGUAAAGCAUAUGGAAAUCCAGUCGAUGUAAAUAAGUUGAUCAGUAUUGUAGAUGUGAAAUGGCAUGAGGUUGACACCACUUAUUUGAGGCAUCCAGUCACUGAAUCACUCUCAUGUGGACUGACAAAAUGGAGGGAAUUUUUCCAGGAAAUAGGUGUCGUGGAUUUUGUGCAAAUACAUCCAGUUCAUAAGACUGUUGCUGAUAUAUCUCCUACCAUUUUUAGGAAUCUAAUGCAGGAAAGAGAUCUGAUUUCCCCUGAAUCAAUUGUCAAAGAUUGGGAAUCCCAUGAAUUUGUGCAUUUAAUAUCCCUAUUAUCCAAAAAUGGCAUGCGGCAAAGUUGUAUAUACCUGUUGGAGGUUUUUGAUACACUAUGGGAUGGUUGUUUUAGUGAUAAAGCUACAGGUUACUGCAACCCUAAAACUGGUGAAGAUAGCAAACCCUUCAAGUCUUCAUUUAUGAGCAGCAUUUGUGAUGUCCAGUGGGUAGUAUCUAGCAUGGACGAUGAGCUUCACUAUCCCAAAGAUUUAUUUUAUGAUUGUGAUGCAGUACGCUCUAUUCUUGGUGCUUCUGCUCCAUAUGCUGUUCCGAAGGUGAGCAGUGGAAAGUUAGUCGGUGAUAUUGGGUUUAAGAUUAAAGUUACCAUUGAUGACAUUUUGGAAACUCUGAACGUAUGGAGGAGAUCUAAGACGCCUUUCAAGGCCAGCAUAUCACAAAUGUCACAAUUGUACACAUUCAUUUGGAAUGAAAUGGCUACUUCAAAGCAGAAAAUCACAGAGGAGUUACAUUCAGGACCUUUUAUAUUUGUUCCAUAUGCGUCUGGCUCUGGGCUUGAUGAUGUGGUUGUUGGUAUAUUCUUAUCUCCUGAAGAAGUCUGUUGGCAUGAUUCAACUGGUUCUCUGGACCAAAUGAAGGAGAUUCAUCCUCAGUGCAGUUUGACAGAUGUGGCCCAUCACCUCUUAAGUAAGAUGCUGAGCAAUAUUUAUCCAGGCCUUCGUGACUUUUUCAUUGAUGGCUGCGAAGUACACGAGGCCCCUCCUCUCCAUAGCUAUCUACAGAUUUUGCUGCAAUUAUCUUCUGUUGCUUUGCCUUCUCAAGCAGCUAAUGUAGUUUUCCAAGUUUUUCUCAAGUGGAGUGAUGGACUGAAAUCUGGACUCCUGAGCCCUGAAGAUGCCAUCUACUUGAAAGAAUGUCUUAUGAAAUUGGAAUUUACGGUGCUUCCAACUGAACAGGAUAAGUGGGUUUCCCUGCACCAUUCGUUGGGCCUUGUGUGCUGGUGUGAUGAUUGGAAGUUAAGGGAUCAAUUUGAGCAUUUUGAUCAGAUUAGUUUUCUGUACUUUGGUGAACUUAGUGAUGAUGAAAAAGAGAUACUUCAAACAAGAGUGUCCGUCCUCAUGCAAACCUUGGGGAUUCCUGCACUCUCAGAGGUUGUAACUCGUGAAGCAAUAUAUUAUGGUCUGGCAGACUGUUGCUUCAAAGCUUCGUUGGUGGGAUGGGCUCUUCCUUAUUCUCAGCGCUACUUCUGUAGCCUACACCCUGAUAAAUAUAUUCAGCUCAAGCAGUCUGGAUUUGAUAUUCUGAGUCGUCUGCAAGUUGUUGUUGUUGAAAAGCUGUUCUACAGGAACAUCAUAAAGAGUUGUGGUGCAUCUAAGAAGCGAAUUGAAUGUAGCUGUCUUCUGCAGGAUAAUAUUUUGUACACAACCCGAGAAUCUGAUUCUCAUGCCUUAUUUAUGGAGCUGUCUCGUUUGUUAUUUGAUGGAACUCCUGAUCUACACUUGGCAAAUUUCCUUCACAUGAUCACAACCAUGGCCGAAUCUGGUUCCAGUGAGGAGCAGACAGAGUUUUUCAUCUUGAAUAGCCAAAAGGUGCCAAAACUUCCUGAUGAAGAAUCUGUUUGGUCCCUCUCAUCUGUGCCUUCAUUGACAAAGAAUGAUGAUUCACUACAAGCAAAUUUUGAUUCAAAAACAAUAGAUGAGAAAAGCUACUCCAAUUCGAAAAUGAAAGGAGGAAGUAACUCAAACUGGCCACCUAUAAACUGGAAAACUGCACCGGGUUUUAGUUAUGCAAAUGAUUUUAAGGUGCAGGCGACCACUGCACAGCCUAGCAGCAGCCCACGAAACAAAAAAGAUGAUGACUGGACCAUUGAAGAUGAUUCAGAAGCAACUUCAAUGGCUUUAUGUUUGUCAGACUACGACAAUUUGGAAGAUCAGUCUGGCCAUGCUUGUAAUGAGACUGAUCCUAGUAUGCAUGUUGAUUUCGAUCUUUUAUCUGAUGGCCCUGAGUUGGGUUCAUCUGAUUUUAGCAAGAGAGAUCAACUUGGAAUUGGCACACCUUGUGGAACAGAAGCCACAGAAACAGGGAGACUUGGCGAGCUUAUCGCUUUCAAAUACCUUACUGGGAAAGUUGGGAAGAGAGUUGUGAACUGGGUUAAUGAAGAUAGUGAAACUGGGUUACCCUAUGACAUUGUUUUAGGGGAGGAGAAUAGUAAAGAGUACAUUGAAGUUAAAGCUACCAAAUCUCAAAGAAAAGACUGGUUCAGCAUAUCAACAAGAGAGUGGCAAUUUGCUGUGGAUAAAGGUGAAUCAUACAGCAUUGCACACGUUGUUUUAUUGGAUAACAAUGUUGCAAGGGUCUCGAUAUUCAAGAAUCCAGUAAAAUUGUGUCAGCUAGGCAAGCUGUAUUUAGUUGUUAUGAUGCCAAAGCAGCGGAAGGAAUUCUCCGUCGUCUCCUCAGAGGCAAUUGACUCAACUUUAUGAACUGGCUGGAAAUACACUGAAAUGACACAGGUUUGUUUAUGCCGACUCUUUCUCUUGAUGCCUGGGAAAAUUGAUUACCAUGUUACUUCAAAUUUGUGGGUCAGUCCAUUAGAAGUGCAUAAACAAAGUUCUGCUCCUGGAAAGGGAAUUUUGUGCUAGAACCCUAGUAUGUUAGAGGGAAGAUGAUCAGGUAGACGGAGUAUAUGAUUUGGAAAAAAAAUGGAAAAUAUGUCUUAUUUUCUGGUCCUACAACAUCAUAAAUUUAUGUUUUGUAUAUGAAAAAUUAUCACGAGCAAUAAUGUAAAUGUUUGCUUUCUCUUUUAGGCCCCAUUUAAUUUUCAUAAUAGACCCCUGGAAUGGAAUAAUCAUUCUUUUGUUUAAUAAGGGUCUAUUUCUAAGAAUAUCCAUUCUCAUA